AUGUUCACGUUCCGCAUGGCGGACGACGUGUCGGCGGAGUGCCUCUUCGAGAGGCUCCGAGCCUUCCAGCCGCGCGCCCCCGACGCGGUGGAGGUGGCGCGCAACAUCACUGCACGCAUCAACUCCCGACUCUCCUCUCACGACAAACAUAUUCGCCAAUCAACUUUGGACAAGCUUUGGAGCAAGCAGUCUAGUUACAUUCAAACGCUGAUCACAAUCCUAGAAAACACACGAGACACAGCCACAUCCACGUAUAUAACGUCCAUCUUAAGAGAAACACUUUGCUUAAAGCAAGGAAGAGGAAGGAAAAACUCUGUUGCAAUUGAAAUGCAAGGAUUAAAGAAGAAAGAAACAAAAAAGAACGGCAAAGAGAACAAAGCGUUAUUUAUCAAAAAGGUGAAUAACGUCGCAAGGCAGCAAUGUGCACAGCAAUUCAUAUCUGUUAACGGAACCCAAGUUAUACUUCGGACACUUGUCAACACGCAGUGUAAACGAGACAGCAACGUAGGCACUGAAGUAAUGCUCCAGGAUCUAGUAUGGAUUGUAGCUGCACUAGCACCAAAAGAUCCCAAAUUCGCAAUGAAAGUCAGAAUGAUUGGAUGUGUCAGGACCAUGCACCUUAUAUUCAAGGGACAUUAUACAGAUAACAAACUCAUAUUUCCGCUCCUUGUGAUAAUAAAACAACUUUCCAAAAAUUCCGUUACCACUUCUAUACUUAUCCGCGAUGGUAUCGUCGCCACAUACGAACGGGUGCUGGUGAGUCUUGGUUACAUACCCACCGCGAGGCUCCGCCUGUGCCUCGAUGCCAUCGACUACUUCAGCAAAAACAAGGUAUGCUGCAUGCAAAUAGUCAAGACUGGAUUAGUUGCUGUACUUCUUCGAGUGUUCGAUCGGUGGGAUCGAUACGAAGGUCGCAUGAGACUUAAAAUUUGCGCCCAUAUUUUGCAAACCCUUCAACAUCUUUGUAAUAUAAAGGCUGGUCGUCGAGCGCUGUGUACGAAAAAACACGUGCAAAUCCUCCAUCGAUUCUGCUCACAGUGUCCUGACGAACCGGAAUUCGAUGGUGUUCUAGCGCGAGUAUGUUCUGUGAUCACCCUUUGUCUUAAGCAUCAAGCAUUACCCGUACCGAAUUCAAGUCCUGCUAUUUUUAACCUGAAUCCCAUACUAAAAGGAACAAACACAUCAUGGCCAUGUCAUGAAGAUGAAGAUGACGCCGCAAAUUCAGACACAAAAACUGUAAAUUCUGAUUUGGACGAUGACGAGCCGGAUUUAGAUAUCGUAGGUAUAGAAGAUUUUCCAGAUAUUGAUAGCGAUGGCCAAGAAAUAAAUUCGGAAAGAAAUAAUGAUAGCGAAAAAGGAAAUAAAACUAGUGAAAGUAUACAAAGUUCACUUUGGAUCAGUCCUAAUGAGAGAGAUACAGAAGACUUAAAGAAAUACUACAUUUAUUUUAAAGAAUUUGGUUCCUAUAAUAAACAAAUAAGACAAGUAAAAAGCCGUUCCAACUCUAGAGGAUCAAUACUCGAGGAAUUUUUAAAUCAAUCAAGUGGGAGUAAAAAUGUAUCUUCUUCGCUAAAUCUUUCACUGUGUGCCAUUCUAAGCAGCAAUGAUUACGAACGCGUUUCAGAACCCCAUACAUCUGUUUUCCAAUGUUGUAAUAGAAUUCAAGAAUCUUCGUCUUUCACUUCAAAUUCUUCGUUGAAAAUUUACAAAGAUAUAUCAAAAUAUAGUCUUUUCCAAACAGUUUACUGCGUGAUUGCAUCCAGAGUUCGAAGUGUUAUUCCAUUUGUUAAGGUUGCCUAUCCUGACAUGACAGGAGGCCAGAGCUUAAAUCACCCAGAACCGCUUAAUAAAAUGGAAAGAGCCGCUUGCCGGAGCAAAUUACUGUCGUGUGUGGAUAAGGCUAUUAACCCUGAAUCAUAUCUGAACGAAGUUGUAUACGAUUUGGACCAAUUGUGUACCGCAACCGCUUCCGACGGCUCGUCUCAGAAAAGUACGGACAGUGUUCUGUUGACUAACACGGACGAGCAAGAGAUCUCAAAGGCUAAUACUUUUCCAACACGCCUGAGCUUCGAGUCGAGAUUUGAAUCCGGUAAUCUUAGAAAAGCAAUACAGGUAGGUCCACGAGAAUACGAUCUGAUUCUGAUGCCGGACGUGAAUUCGCCCAAAAGGCAUCAAUGGUUUUAUUUCGAGGUGCGCAACAUGCAGGAGGGGCGGCCCUAUAUAUUUAAUAUCGUUAAUUGCGAGAAGUCAGACAGUCAGUUCAAUUUCGGUAUGAAGCCAGUUUUGUAUUCUGUGAAAGAAGCUAUUUCGGGAAAACCAGGAUGGGUGAGGGCUGGUUCAGACAUCUGCUACUAUCGAAACAGCUAUCACUACGCAAACCAGAAGAGCCACAACAAAUGCUACCUAACAGUCACCUUCAACAUCGAGUUCCCUCACACAAACGAUGUGUGCUACAUCGCCUACCAUUUUCCUUUCACCUACUCUAUGCUAAUGACACGCAUUAUGCAAUGGAGCCUCCAACUACCCUUAGGAACAUAUCUACGAGCGGAAGCAUUAUGCUACUCAUUGAAUAACAAUGAAGUUCCUUUGCUGACAAUUACCGCGGAAGACAGCACCUCUAAUCCCAUUGUGGAUCGCGACGUAAUAUUUCUUACGGCUCGAGUGCAUCCCGGCGAGAGUAACGCCUCUUGGGUUAUGGAUGGAACGCUGCGCUGCUUGCUGAGCGACUCGGCCAAUGCGGCUGCGAUUCGUUCCAAAUACGUGUUCAAAAUCGUGCCGAUGCUCAACGUCGAAGGUGUCAUCAACGGCUGG